AUGGCCAUCUGGACGCCCCCACGAUACCACGAGGCAAGCCCGCUAGAAGUCUACGUCGGCACCACGCUCAACGAGCUCGCAGAUCGCUUCUACGACGUCUUCCACGGCACGCUCUUUGAGUACUGGUUCCUAGAUCCCAAGGGCCAGCACAACCUUAUCGUCAUAGCCUCCAUGCUCUUCAUCGUCCUCUGGUUCGUCUGCAUCCAGUAUUUCAUUCGAAGCACUUUGGCCUCUUCAAACGUCUCUCGCCCAUCUUCACCUCGCGCACCCUUCUCUCCUCCCAUGGAGCGCCCAGAAACUCCCCCGUACCAACCUCUUCUCCCCACGAUGCGACAACUCGCACCCCCAGGCCACCGUCCCACAAAUGCCCAACUCAACGUUCCUCCCUUCCAUGUCGCGCCGCCCAUGGGUCGCCGCACCGGCCGUACCACGAAUCCUGGGUACCAGACUCCGUUUAAAGAGAAGCCCGCCGAGGCCAAGAUCUUCUCUACUGGAGCGUCUGUAUCCAAGAUCAACUUCGAAAAUGACGACUUUCCUUCUCUAGCUACGGCUACAGGCCGCAUGGCUACUUACCGGAAGCUGCAUGGUAAUGAUGGUAUGUUGCACCCCGGUGCUACACAGGAUGAAGGGAGGAUGUAA